AGUUAAAGCAGACACACUAACAGGACAGACGAGUCCGCAGGAGGAAGCGAGCUUCUGCGUAGCUCCAACUACAGCCUCCACAGCAGAAGCACAGUUUGGUGUACACUUUCAAGAUGGAUGCUUUCCCCUCGAUAGGUUUCUGUUUCUUUUUCGUAUCGGGCAAGACGUGUGCGUAGCCCAUGCGAAGAAGCGUGUGGGGGACCGAGGACCUUCAAUAACUAAAUCUCCGUGUUGCUUGUGUGCCGAAAAAAGUGAAUUACGUGGAUUUUUUGCCCCUACGUGUCUGGGCUGUCGGUUAUUUUCCAACUUCCUGGUUGUCGCAUUAUUAAUAUGUGUGUUGAAACUGCGGCGACAGCUCAAGUGACUUUGGAAGAUUUACUGGAUUCGGGAUACAUGGGAUUUUUCAAUUGUGCUGUGAUGUUUAAAACCAGAGACAACAGUUUUCAACGACGACCGAAGGGAGAGCGACAGAUUUCAUAAGCAAUGGAAAGUGGAAAUGGUGGUGCCUCGAGUAAAGGUGUUUUAAUACCUGUGCCGGACUCCUCUGACGUCUUUCUAAACAGUGUUUUGGCUCCUCUUCAGAGUGCGUAUUUGUAUGAAGAGUCGAAGCAGUUUUUCAGAUAUAAGUCUGCGGUGUUGGUAAAGAAUCCUGUUCUGGAGGAAAAGUAUAACGCCCUCCGAGCAAAGAGGAAAGAAGCAGGAUAUUCAGAAGACGAUCUGAAGGAAUCAUAUGGGUUUUUGCUGUUUGACGAUGCCACCAAGGCGAAUGCACUUGGAGAAGCUGGUGUGCUCGCUGGAAACAGUACCUGCACAACUCUGGGAGAUCCUUCCAAGGGUGUUUACAUAUCAAUGUACUCUGACUGUUUGGAUCUAAAUCGCUGGUAUCAUGGGAAAUCUGGAUACAUUGCCAUCAUCAGGCUGACGAAGGGUAAAGUUAAAAAGGUUUUAGAGAACUACACCCAGAAUUUCACUGCACCCACUGUGGGGUAUGACUGCCACGUGUCCGAACAGUUGCCUUCAGUAUCUGCCAAAACCAGCUCCUUUCUUGCCUUUGAGAGAACCCAGUAUUACAUGUAUGAGCUGCUCAAUGAUGGAAGCAAUAAGACAGCCCAGUGUCCCAGUGCUGCCUGUCCAUUUGCCAUCGUAUCAUUCUCAUAUACGGAUACCAAAGCAACACCUGUGACACCAGAGGAGAAAAGUGAGAUGACAAAACUGAUUUGUCGCUACUUACCUUGGAGGGGUCAGCUUCAGAUAGGCAGCCAGUUCUACAGUGUUGGGAUGAGAUGUACAACGGGGGCCUUAAUCCCUGCACAGCUGCCACCGGUGGUGAAAGUUGAUGGAGCCAUUUGCAUGUCAGAUCUGAGAAAGCUGCUGCCAAGGGUUGUUUUUGAAACCUGCAUCGCCAGUGAAGCCUUUCUGGAUGGCUUAUACUGCAGUUUGUGUGAGUUGGUUCCUGCUGAGGCGGAAGAAACCAGCUCACUUGCUCAGCUUCUGUGUGAGAUCAAGGAGAAAGAUCUUUCUCUCGUUGUUCCGCUGAAUGAUGGUGGAUUCCUUAUCCUGUUGCACUCCUCCCACUUCCUCACAUAUGAUGAUACUGGGUCCAGUACGACUGAUGUUCUACAAAGCAUGUUUGUGUUUCCUGAGUCUCGAGCUGUUGUGAGAGACACAAAAUCUGGACUGAGAAACUCUACCUUGUCAUCUGAAAUCCAUCGGGUUCUGCCGCUACUAAGUUACGCAGAGGGUGAAGUUGAGAAAACACCCAUCGACCCAAGUGAAGAUCUCUGUGAAGUAUUGGUGCAGCAUAUGCAGAGUUACGCAGCACUGAUAAAUCCUGGGCUGGCAUUCAGUCCGUCUAGGGAAGUCAGCAUCUUUCCGGAUCAGUAUGAUGUGCCAGAUGCCCACAAAGGCCUCUAUUCAUCCCCUGAGUGGAGUAACAGAGCAUGGCAGAGCUUAAAGUCAUACCUGAGCAAACAAGCUUCGUUUCAGCUGCCAGUGUCUAAAGCUUCAGAAAUCUUGGCAGCUGGAGAAGAGGAGCGAAGAGAAGACCUUGAUGAUGAUGUCUAUAUCUGUGUCUCAUCGCCUGAGGAGGCCCCAGCUAGUCCUGUUAGCGAAGGACUAGAGGACCACUUACCAGACCAGAAAUCUCUUGUACAUGUUCAGACAUCUGCAGGCAGUGGUAUAUCAAGCGGUGGAGUUCAAGUUGACUUACCAACUGUGCCUCAAAAUGUUCUACCAGACAAUUUGCAAACUGGAGAUGCUACCAAAGAUAAUGAAAAAUGCAAUGACUUCAUUGUACUGAAAAAACCUGAUGAUAUGGAGGUUGAAAAUAUCCUCUCUCCCCUUGCAUCACAUGACCUUCCUGCAGAGCUGAUUGUGAGCAUCACUUCAGCAGGGCGAAGUGUCACUGAUAAGACUCAAGGUGUAGUCAGUACUGUGUCGACAGCAAGACACAGUGAUUUUCCGUUUUCUGGUCUUUUACUCACAUCAGAAAAUAACCUUGUCAGCGAUGAGACUGGCAAAACGGUUUUGGAUUGCUCCAAGGACAGCAAUCCGCAAAGAACAAAAUGGAGGAAACUGCAGAGUAGACUUUCCAAAAGACAGGAAGAGACAUCGAUGGGUUGCGUUGGGACUCCCAGUUUACAGACACCAGGAGAGAAAGACAGUUUAAGCAGUCGAACUGAUGAACACAAUAAAGAGUCAUCUGACCACACGCCGCUGAGUAAUCCUUCAAGGACCGAUUGGAGGAAAUUACCGCGAAAGCGCAGAUUUGGAAAAUUAUCAACAAGAAAUAAAAAGGCGAGAUUUGCUACUCUUGGUUUAGCCAUAGCAAAGGAGAAAAAAACAGACCUUGGACAGCCAACCUUGGAAAGCACUAUUUUAAUGCAUCUUGAGGCUGGUCCCCUGAAAAAGAAAACAGAGCGCUGGGACCUAAAGGCAGUUGUCAGUGAAUGCGGAAGAGUCUUGGUUCCUCAUGGCUCUGUAGAUAUUGCUGAUCAGAUUAAGUCUUUAAAGAAUAACUUCCAGCCUACAAAAGAUGAACAGUGUCCUGAAAAAAUGUUGCUUGAUGCCCCUGUGAACGCUGCUGACACAACUGAGAUGGAGCAAGUAUCUAGCACUGCUCCAGAGACAGCAGUGGAUGAAACCAAGGCUGCAGAAUCCACAGAUGAUGGGAACCAUGUUCAGAAUGUCACUGUACAUCAUGUUGAUCCUGAACAGAGCGGCUUAAGUCAGCCAGAUGGUGAGAGUCCAUCAGUGCCUUUGAGUCCGGAGAGCAAGGUGCAUUCUUCAAAGAAGGGUGACAUAGUUACUCCUCCUUCACCACCAGAGCAGGAAAAAAGACCUGAAACCUUGCCUCAGGGAAGGAGCCCAGCAAAGGGUGAAUUUCUGUUUAGCAAACUAAAAUCAGUUAUUUUAAGAGGAAAGAGGAAAGCAAAUCUCACUAUGACGGAGGACACUACUGCUAAUACUUCCCCGGACAGCGAGCCAUGUCUCAAGAAGGACAAAGUGGAAUCCAACAUUGAGGCCUUGAAUCGCAAUAAUGGAGCUACCCAGAGCACUGAUGUUGGUGUCGAGAUAGUUUCAAAGAUGCUGUCGGUUGACCCUCUUUUUGCAUAUGCCUUAGGAUUGACCCCUAAAGAUUCGCCCGAUAAGGUACAGACAACUGAGGAUCGGGAUGCACAGCAAAGGAAAGACUCAACAGUGAUGAUAGAACUGACCUCUUUUGACAAGGAACCUAAAAUCAUACACAGGCCUCCAUCAAUUUUUCCCAGAGGGACGCGGAUUAAAACACUCAAAAAGCAUCAAGGCAUCCCUGCAGAAUAUAUUAGAAAGAAAUGGUGGUUACAUUUUCAAACUCCAGCUUGUUUUGCCAGUGAAAAACUGAAUAACAAAGACUGUACUAGAGAUAAUUCUGUCAGGAAGACUGUUAAGGAAAAAGUGAACAGUGCUUGCUCAUCUACAGAUGCUUUGAACUUACUUGCUGACUUGGCACUCAGUGCCAAUAAUGACCAGGUUCUUCCACAACCAAGCCCAGCACUUGAGAGAAAACCUGAGACAAGUUUGAAGAAGUCUGAUCUUAUAAAAGGUCUUUCAAGUUCUGAACAAGAGUCAGUCCUUCAUGCUCUGCUUAGGCAGCCUGCUGCUAGAUCCAUUCAGACUCUUGAGUCUCCUUCACCAAGCCAACUUGUGGGAGACAGUGAAUUGGUUGGUUUGAUAUCUAAAGAACAUGGUUACUCAUUGCCCCCAUCUUCCUCUCUACAUUUGGGUUUGCCAGGUACACCCUUCCAGGUAUGCCCUGUGAGUGGGUCUACCAGACUGCUGCACCAUCAACAGACAAUGAAUGGCGAUGGAGUUAAAACACUACACCCCUCUGUUGGUCAGGAAGACAGAAGCGACCACAACAGGACUCCAGAAUACCUGAAAAAAUACAUGGUUCAGAGGCGAAAGUUCAGAUACUCCCGUAACUUUGUUAACAAGGAGGGAUCUAUCCAAGUCACAAGACAAUGGAAAGACAACUAUGACUUUAAUCUAGACAGCAAGUUUACAAGUGACUCAAAGGAAAAAGCUAUCGUCCGAGCAUUGCAUGGGCCAUGGGAUUUCUCCAUUCAAGACACUAGUGAAGAGGUGCGGCUCAUCGUCCACAUGUGGAUAGGUUUGUUUUACAGCCGGUCAACAGCCAGGUUCUUUCAUGUUGACUCGAACUUUACAUACCCAUGUCUAGAAGAUGGUAAUUCUUUGAAUAUUGGAAUUACAUCAAAGCCAGCUGACCCUGAGCUAAAAGCCAACUCACCUGCUGCUUCUCCAAGCAUAACAGACUCUUCAGACCCUUUGAUUUCAAAGGUUUUGGACCUCAGCAAAAAGCCCAACUCUGUCUCCGAUCAAGAAUCUGUGGUCUUGGAUUUGUCACUGAGAAACACCAAUGCAGAGGCUGUCACCCCAGACCCACAAGUCCACCGAAAAGAAACUUUUGUGUCCAGUGAACAGAAAGAAGCUGCUGAAUCACUGACCUCUCUGAAGUUACCAACAGAGCCAAGCACAUUUCAGUGUUAUGAAAAGAUGAUCCAUUCCACAAAUAUAAACAGUGAGAUGAAGGAUGAUAGAAGCACCCUUGAAAGUGAGAAGAAUUCUACUCCUCAGAAAUCUGUCUGCCUGGAGCACACUGAUGUUCCAUCUUUUAGGAAUGAUGGGACAUUAACUCCUCCACAGAAAGAGAUGAGAAGUGAAUCUGUUGAGCCAGAAAAUGUUCAGACUGCAUUAGGAAUUGGUCAAGUGUUACAUGGAUGCAAGAACGAGAGAACAGAUAUGAAAAAUGGCACAGAAAAUCCUGAAACUACAGAGAUGACACAAAAGGAUCAGUUGGAUUCAUCCAAAUCUGUCACUGACAAAGAGACAGACUCCAGUAUGGAAGCAAGUGAUGUAGUUCAUGCAGAUGAAUCCAAAGAUGAAGAAAGUUGUUUCAUGGAAGAAGAUCCAUCCCAUGAAAGCAAUACUGAUACCUCUGUUAAAGUGGUUCACCAAGAGGAUGGUUCUGCAAGCAAAGAUUCCAGUAUCAUCUGCAAUGGACACUGUUCAGACAAUGAGGAGCUGUUAUUAAAGGAGAAACCUGAAGCAGUCUCACCAGACCAACCUGAAAAUGAUAAUGUAGAUGUGGAUUGUGAAGGUAAAGUCAUCAAAGGUGAAGAGUACUUCAGAGAAGAACAUGGGCUUGAUGAGAAAAAACACUGCAUUUCAGCUGUGGAAGCUGACAAAGACUUGAGUGAUCAGCCAUUACUUGUGAUGUCUGAUGGAUCAGAUCUAGUAAAUGCAGACUGCAUUGCAGAGUCUAGUCAUCAAGCACAACUGGAUGAACAACAAUCUCCAGCAGACAGUGUGAAAGUUGCCUGCCAUGACUCACAGUCGACGUUGCCGUGCACAAAUGACAUUGCAUUGACAGAUGAACAUGCCAUUUCUGAAAAAGUUCCUCACACUCCAUCAGAAAUGCAACCCAUUGAUGACGACCCUGCAGCUGAGGAAAGUUCAGAAACCGCAGUAUCUGUGUCUGAUGAGGGCACAAGUUCAUUGGAUGAGUCUUGUGCCGGUUUGUCUGUUCCCCAGAAAAAGGACGGUGUGGAGAUGGAGCACCAAAAACCUGAAAUGUCUCCUUUCACUUUGGAUCUUUGUCGUAAUGCUCAUGAGGAUCCUGAAAGCAAGUCAACCGAAGGAGAAGAUAAGGUUGAGAAUAUAACUCAGAAUGAGUCAUUUCAACACCAGUCUCCCUUGCCUCAGCAUGAGGUUCUAAAAAUGUUUAAUUUUACUGAAGAAGCAGAUCUUAAAAUAGAUGAUACAAAUGAGGAACUGGAUGGAAGUUGUGGUGGGGUUUAUAUUCCAUUUAUUGGAAUAGCAACCUGUGGAGAGGAUACCAUGCAAAUACAUGGCUCACACCCACAAGACAAGGUUCAAAAGGUUCAGGGACAUGAAAAAAUACCAUUUAUCAGUGAUACUACUGACCCUGAAACAGUUCUGCCCAACGAGAUGUGCAGUACGCCUAAAAUUACAACAGAACUGUUUCCUUGCAAACUGUCAAUUCUUGAGGCAAAUGAAACCAACCAUUCAGUCAUUUUGGGAAGUGAGUCUGACAGCAGGUGCCCUACUCCAACUAUGGAUGAAAACCCAUUUGGGUACAUACCUUCUUGUGGCCCUAGCAUUAGCACUUCUGAUGGCAUUGGCUAUGAAACAUGCAAAAACAUUGUCCAGAAAGGCCUUGGAAGGUCUUCAACGCCUAUAAAUGAUGACCCAGUUUUUAAGCAAAACCUUGCCCCUUCUGCGGGCAAGAGUGAUCCCAAUCUUCAUCAUGAUUUUCAUCCUGAUCUUGAACAAAGGACUCUAAGAGUUCUGCAAAGCAUAGACAAGUUCCUCUCCAAAUCAAACCUCACUGGCAAAUCCAGACAGAUCACAACAGGUGACAUAACCGAGUCUUUUGCCCCAAACCGCAACAGCAAGUGCAUCCCCACUGGCCAAUCAAUAGGCAACACCUCAGCUGACAUUAAGAACAAGAAAAGAAACAAUGAAAAGCCAGCAGCCUCUGACAGGCGGGAUCUGUAUACAGUAUCACCAGCUUGCCCUCAUACACUGCCAUUUGAAAAUGCAUUAGAGAAAGUACACACAAAGUUUCAGCUGGAGAGAACAAACUCAUCUAGCUAUUUUGAAAGACCUGAUGAACAAGAAUCCCUUGCAGGGCAAGAUUUUUGUCAUUCUGACAUCUCUUCUCCUUCUAUUGAGCAUUUGCAUGUGAUAAAACCAAACACAGACCAAGAAAGACAUAAAGCAACAACUCAGCCCAACUUAAAUCAUGAACCCCGUCCAUACAGUCAGCGUCCUGUCAUGGCUGUGAAACCAUCAAAGAGUGAGGAGAGUCAAGCAGGUCCCUCUUCUAAAGAUGUGUGCGUUGAAAACUCUGCCAAAAACAAACAGACUGAAAUCCCUGAUUUCAAAUAUGCCUUAGCGAUUUCCAAGCUCUUGGAAAAGAAGAGAAAAGCAACUUUAAGGGGGAAUUCUAAUGGACUAAAUGAUGAGUGUGAAGCCCGUGAGUUGUCUUCCAAAAGUACUUGGCAGGCAAAUGUUUGUCACAAUAAACCUAACUCAGACGAAGUUAAGUUUGCAUCACAUCAGUACCAAGGAAGGGACACCUCCGAAUUCACUGCGAUUCCAUCAUCGUCUUCAUCAGCUGCAAAAACUUCCCCCAAACUUGUUGAUGCUACCCAAGAUUUCCUUGUAUAUAGUUCAGCUGAGAAAGUUGACCGAACGACAAAGAAGAAUAUUGAGAUGCAUCAGAUCAACGUCUCAGAUGCAUCAGCUUCAUUUAUAGAUCCUGCAGAUAAUAGCAGAAUGGAUGACAGUCUCACCUUGGGCCCUCAAAGCUCACUCGUAUGCACGGUCUUUAACUCUGACCGGAGGAAAUCUUCCUCUUUUCUGGAACAACUUUCUCAGAGGUGCCUUCAAGAUGAUAUCACUCAGACAUCAGUGGAGCAAGAGUGCCUCAUCUUUUCAGAAAAAAUGAAGCAGCUUUUGAAAAAGCGUAAGGAGGAAGCCGUCUGCCAACAGGACACCAAUGACAGCUUGAGGGUUUCUUGCACUAGUCCUGUGACUGUCUGUUUUUCCAAUCUAGACGAGCAGGACGAUUCACUGGAUCUCAUGGACAUGUCAAUGGUUGGACAAAAAUUUAAAGUGGACUUGUCUGACAGGGAAAACCAGACGGACACCACAAAGACUUUGCAUCCCGAAGAAUUACCUCAGACAACAAGCAACCCAAUGGAGAAUGCCUGGGUUUGUAGUGUGACUGCAGAAUGUGCCCGGAUGUACGAGACUACGAUGCAGGAUAUUUGUGCAGUCGAAAAGAUCUCCUUUAAACCUAAAAGCUGCAGAAUGGAUCGAGAUUACCCAAAGACUGAACCAAGUAAUCAUUUCGACUUCUGUGAUCAAAUGAAGAGAGAAAUGGAUGAGGCCUUUCGAAGUAGUCUCAACUCAGUAGUGAAGAAGUCCUGUAAAACAAAGUACAGAUUCUACAUAUUGGUGACAUCAGAUGAUGUCUUCUUUGAGGAAACCAAGGCACAGUUAGAGGCAGAGGGCCACACUGCUGUACAGCCAUCAGAAUUUUUCCUCGGUGAGGAAAGUUCAUCAUCUCUGCUCAUCAUCCUCAGGAAUGAAGACAUUGCUGAGCACAUUUGUGAGGUUCCACAUUUGCUUGAACUGAAGAAGUCCCCAGUUGUGCAGUUUGCUGGAAUUGAUGAACCGGAUGAUGUUGUGAAUCUUACCCAUCAGGAGCUCUUCACACGGGGUGGUUUCAUCAUGUUUGACAGAGCAGCACUGGAGCACCUCAGUCUUUGCAACAUGAAAAAAUUGGCUGACAUCUUGCAAGAACUAAGCAGCAAUGGGAAGUGGAAAUGGAUGUUGCACUACAGAGACAGUCGUCGACUAAAGGAAAAUGCGAGGUUGAAUGCAGAGGCAAAGGAGAAGAAGGACUUCCUUCACUGGGGCCAAGAUGCUGGAAUACUGGAGGUGUUGCCUUACCAUGAGUGUGACCUGAUGUCAAGAGAUCAGCCCGACUAUCUUGCAUGUUUGAUACGCUUGCAGGUCCAGAAUAUAUCAUCUCGUUACCCCGUUUUUAUCACAGAUACGACAACAGACAGCGCCUUUGAGAGGAAUGGGAUUUUAACAAUAACUUUGAACUCUUUCCUGACAAACUCUCCAACUGAAACAUUUACAGUCUGACCCACAGAAGAAGUCAGAUGGAUGAAUGAACACAAGUUGUGGAAAUCUUCUUGCACAACAAUCAAAAACUGACUGGAUGCGAAGAGAAACAGUCGAUCACCAGAGAUGGUUAUUUAAACAUACUACAGCCUUUAUAAUUUCUCAGUAAGUCUAACAAUUCAGCUCUUUUGAAAGCAAGAAUAAAUAAUAAUUUGUUGCUUUACAGGGUUUUUUUUGUUCUUGUGUAAACCCAGUUAUCAUUCAGUUAAUGGAUAGAGUGGCAAUAAGGCCAAGAUGCUGGCAGCUGUGCUGUAAUGAUGCAGUUUGUAUUUUUAUUGUACAUUGUAUUGUAAACCUGUUAAAAAGUGAUUUUUACAUUAAUAUUUUAUUGUUCGCCUUCCGAUCUUGACUGUAUACGGUUUGCUGCACAAUCAACAUUUUGUUGUUUUGAUAUAUUCUUCUUUCAUUUUUUUGUUCACCAAGAUUUUGUUUCAGGAAAGAACUUAAACGUAAUACUCCUGGCCUAGCAACGAAGCUAAAUUAAGCCGUUUUCAAGUGCGUGCUGUGUUACAUAUUUAAAGUGUACAACUGUACAGUGAUUCUUAAGUCAUCAGACACAACAAUUUAACAUUGUUGUUAAACGCUAAAUAUAUUUAGUUUUGAUGAUGUUCAUUAUGUACAGCUCAAUGACUGAAAAUAAAAAGUUUUCAUUAAA